UGAGCCUAAGCGCAUCACAAGGUUCUGUUUUUAUAUUUUUUAUUAAAGUUAAAUUAUUUAAUUACUAAAUUAUUGUUAACUCAUGUUUAUAUUUUUGUUUUGUUGUAUGAAUCAAUUAGUUGCUAUUGCUCAAGCAGCAGAGAAGAACAAGAUAUUAGUGCCUGGUGUUGUCAAUGGAAACUUUGUUGCUGCGAAAAAGAUGGAACAAGCUCAGAAACAUGCUGAAGUGAAAGAGAAACAACCUCUUAAAGGAAGAAAGUUAAGAGAAAGAUCUAAGAUAAAUGUCAGGACAUUUAGUUCAGUUCUUUCAGCUAGAAGCAAGGCUGCUGGUAGAAACAUGCCUUCCAAAUUCCGUCAUCAUUAUGAAGUGAUUCAAGAGAGAACAGCAGCUGAAGGAAUAGAAAGAAAAAUUGUAGUAGAAUAUAAUGGUUUCAAUGUCAUGUUUAAUUAUUAUAUGAGCAGCUAUUGGUAUGGAAUCAGCACUCUUACACACCCACUUUGAGACUUACGGAGCACACUACUGCUGUGAAGGCCAUUGCUUGGUCGCCUGACCAGAUCAACGGAGACUAUGCAAAUGACUAUGCAAAUGACUACAACAUCUGAUCAACGGUGUAUGUAUGCUUCUGAGUUUGUUUGUUAUCACAUGUAUAUGCUCUACUGGGUAGUUAACCUUCACCCUACAUGAUUUGUUGUGUAAGGUUGGAUCUACAAUUAUCAAUGCGUAAGGUUUCCCUAUAAAAAUCUUUGGGUUUUCGCUUGCAAUUAAAAAAGUCAUUAUUAUCCAUCUUAACUUUAAGAGUAUGUUGAAUGAUAGUGAUAUGGUACAUAUUGUUCAUUUAAUUUCUAACAACUGUUUAUAUUUCCAGCAUAGAAUUCUGCAAUCAUGUGUACAUUUGAACAUGGAAUUCUGCAUGUGUACUUCAAUUCAAACACCACCGUUUCCGCAGAUAGUUCAUAUCAGCCAAUGGUUCAUUUUCUUUUGAGUUUCUGUUUAGCAGUAUAGACAGCAUGUAAUUGGUUUGUUAUAUCUAUUUUUGUUUUUCUACUCAAGGCUGUUUGGUAGCGUAGCAUUGUUUUUCGGUAUUGGUGUUUUUGGCAUGUCCUUAAGACUGAUUGAUUCAGUUUGCUGUAUAUAGGUAUGCAAGUGUAACACCAUUACCACCUUCUAUUCUUAGUCGAGGCAUUGGUUGGCACCAAGGAAUAAAGUAGAACUUUCAGUUGACUUAGUAAAUUUAAUUCUGAACAAGGCUGUUUGUUAGGGAGUUGACUUAGUAAAUUUAAUUCUGAACAAAAAAGUGAAUUGACUUAGUAAAUGUGCAUGCUUAAUUUCAUUCCUUUGAACAGUUUGAUGUUAAGGGAACAUUGUUGUGUAAGUGUUGUUGACAGCAGCACACAGACAUUGCUACUAGUGAAGGAGCCUUUGGAUCUCAUACGACUCAGUCUCGAUGAACGUAUCUAUGUCAAACUCCAUUCUGACAGAGAGCUUCGUGGCAAGCUUCAUGUGGCACAAAGAUUGAAACAACAAGGCCACAUGGCUGAUUGACAUUGAUUACUAUUUGUUACAACAGGUGCUUUGCAGUUUAGUUUAGUACCUAUUUUAUAAAUAACAUUUUUUUAUAUCAACUAUUCUUUUUCAUUGGCAUUUGCAGUUUCAACAGAUAUCAAGUGAAGCUUUAAAGGAUGAUCCUACAAGCUCACUCUUGAUACCUUGCAUCUUAGGAGAUGAGAUAUAUUUGGCAAUGAAGAAAAUAAUAGGUCUUGUGUCCUCCUGAUACAUACAUAAGUAAUUAGGCUUGUUCCAUACCAUAAAUCUAUGGUUUUUAUGCUAAGAUUGAAUAGCACUUGAAAAUAGCUAGGCUUUAUCUUGCUGGUUUCAUGUUUCUAAUAUGUUAGCUUGAAA